AUGACCCAAACAUUAUCAAAAGAACCCGCAAAACCCAGGCGAAAUAAGACCAGAAGGGUUUCUACCCUUACUCCCGGACAGCUCGCCCGCAAGAGAGCCAACGAUCGAGAGGCCCAGAGGGCCAUACGCAUCCGUACUAGGGAACACAUCGAGCGGCUAGAGCGCGAGCUAGCGGAGCUCAAGAGCAACCAACGGCGUGACCAGACCAUUCAAGAUUUAUUACGUCGUAAUACGGCAAUCGAGAGAGAGCUGAUUCAACUCAAGGAGGUUAUGGGGGCGCCAAUGGCCUCGUUAUCUUCCCAUGAAACACUUCUCACUGCACGACAGCCUUUGUGUCCUGACAAGCUCUCAACAUCAGCAGUUUGCAAUGGAAACCUCAGCACUAGUAACGAUGCCAUUCCUAGCCCUGCACCAUUCUCUAGAGACUACAACAUCCCCUACGACUACAGCCAACAAUACAUUCCCUUGUCUGAUAAUUGCGGACACCUGGCCAGCACCAUCUCCUGCACGAACCCCUCCAACGUAUCGACCCCAUCAUCAACAGGCGACUAUAGUGCUGGCCAAAUCCAAGUCAGCAUGCCCAACUCGGCCCUUCCCUUCUACAACACCAGCUCCUCAAGAAUUUGCACUUUAUAUAAUAAAGAUGUCGUCAAGAUAGAGUACAUCGAGGGGGACUAUCACGGCGCAAUACCUCGAACGCUUCAUCAAUCUGACAUGAUGUAUUGCGAGUAG